AUGUCCCACAGACCCCCUCCUCCAACAGCCCCAUACAGCGAACCUCUCCUCCCACAACUUGACAUCCAAAACCCCUACUACACCUCCCUCCAUCACCACCUCCGAUCUUACGUCCGAGAAUACGUCAACACACACAUCGCUCCUUACGCGCACGAAUGGGAAUCAACAGGCCAAGUCCCGGAGGAAGUCCGACGCCAUCAUUGCUCCCUCGGGUUCGGAAUCGUGCAUCCCCUGACGACGGUGGAGGAUUCCGCGGGCCUCUCGCUCCCUGGGAAUGUGCCGCGCACGAAAUGGGAUACCUGGUGUAGUCUUAUUGUCGCAGAUGAGAUGAUUCGCGUUGGAUAUGUCGGGGUGGCGUGGGGAUUGGGAGGGGGAAAUAGCAUUGGAUGUCCGUCGAUUGCGAGAUUCGGGAGUUUAGAGCAGAGACGGAGAUGGCUUCCUAAAGUUGCGAAGGGGGAUAUAAGGUUCUGCUUGGGGGUUACGGAGCCGGAUGCUGGAUCAGACGUGGCGAAUAUCAAAACGACCGCGAAGAGGGAAGGGGAUCAUUACGUCGUCAACGGGGCAAAGAAAUGGAUCACGAAUGGUAUUUGGGCGGAUUAUUGCACGACUGCUGUGAGAACUGGAGGACCAGGGAGAGAUGGCAUUAGUCUGCUGGUGAUUCCUCUCGCAGCGUCGGGGGUAACUCGUCGUCGGAUGUACAACUCCGGUGUACAUGCUAGUGGAUCAACGUACAUCGAAUUAGACGGCGUCCACGUCCCAGUUGACCAUCUCAUCGGAGAAGAGAACAAAGGGUUCCCUCUCAUCAUGUCCAACUUUAAUCCCGAACGUCUAUCCCUGGCUUGCGCUUCACUCCGUCUCGCUCGCGUCUGCGCCGAAGAUGCCUUCCACUAUGCCGUGCAACGCGAGACUUUCGGUUCCCCCUUGAUCCAGAGACAGGCGAUCCAGGCAAAGAUCUUCAAAUUCGGAUUGAUGAUUGAGCCUGCAUAUGCCUUUAUGGAGCAGCUGGUUCAUAUUCUGGAGUUGACUAAGGAUCGACCCCAGGAUGAUUUCCGGAUCGGAGGAAUGACCGCCUUGCUCAAGGUGAUGUCUACCCGGGCCCUUGAGAAGAGUGUUCGAGAGGCGCAGCAAAUUCUAGGAGGUGCUGGAUAUAAUAAAUCAGGAAAGGGGGCACGGAUCGAACAGAUCAGUCGCGAUGCGAGAGUCCAUGUGGUUGGUGGUGGAAGUGAGGAGAUCAUGAUGGGUCUGGCGUUGCAGGAGGAGACCAAGGCACUUCGUACGAGACGAAAGGCAUUGGAGAAGUCGAGCCUGUAG